AUGAAGUCUUGUUUUUUUUUUCUUCAUUUCCUUUUUUUUGGCUAUUCUAUUCUUCCGCCAUCUUUUGGCGGGAACUUCACGAAGAAAUGUUUUAUUCCCUCUAUCCGUACACCAACCAGCAUCCAUCUGUUCAUAAACACUUAUAAAAACCUUAAUUUCUAUCUAUCUAUCUAUCUAUCUAUCUAUCUAUCUAUCUAUCUAUCUAUCUAUCUAUCUCUGCCUAUCUCUCUCUCUCUCUAUCUUUCUAUCUUCUAUCCAAAAUAUUUCAUAUCUUUCUUAUCUAUCUAUCUAUCUAUCUAUCUAUCUAUCUAUCUAUCUAUCUAUCUAUCUCAGUCUGUUCAUAUCUAUCUAUCUGAUUUUGUUCAUAACUAUCUGUCCCAUUCUGUUCAUAACUAUCUCAAUCUGUUUCUAUCUAUCUAUCUAUCUAUCUAUCUAUCUAUCUAUCUAUCUAUCUAUCUAUCUAUCUAUCUAUCUAUCUAUCUCAAAAUGUUCAUAUGUAUGUAUCUAUCUAUCUCAAUCUGUUCAUCUCUCUCAUUCUCUCUAUCUAUCUAUCUAUCUAUCUAUCUAUCUAUCUAUCUAGCUCAAACUGUUCAUACGUAUGUAUCUAUCUAUCUCAAUCUGUUCAUCUCUCUCACUCUCUAUACCUAUCUAUCUAUCUAUCUAUCUAGCUAG